GCAGUUGAAGAGAGAACGCAAGACACGAAAUAGACUGCAACACAGGAUCACAAUAAACAACAGCUAACCUGCCAAAGGAUCACGUGACUUUGACAACUUUAGUCGACGACCUGCUUUCUUUUCACUUCAUUUGGAUUUUGCCGAGUUUCUUCGUGAUCUCCUGAAACGAUGAUGUACUCCGCUUUCAACACGGAUUGUGACUCCUCUUCCCGGUGCAGUACCGCUUCUCCAGCUUGCGACAACCUGGCUUACUACAACUCUCCUGCGGGAUCUUACUCCACUAUAGGCUCUCCCCAAUCUCACGACUUCACAGACCUGACUUCACUGUCCAGUGGCUCCUUCAUCCCUACUGUCACAGCCAUCUCUGCCAGCCCAGACCUUCAGUGGAUGGACCAGCCGCUCGUAUCCUCCGUGGCCCCUUCUCACGGAGUCCAUCCCUACAGCGCCUGCCCCCCAACCUACACUAGCGCCAUGAGGAACAAGGGCCACCGCUCUGUGCGCAGAGGCAAAAUGGAACGGCUUUCUCCUGAGGAGGAGGAGAAGAAGCGAGUCCGUAGAGAGAGGAACAAGCAAGCAGCAGCUAAAUGCCGCAACCGGAGGAGGGAGCUCACUGACACUCUGCAGGGUGAAACUGACGAGCUGGAGGAUGAGAAGUCUGCUCUCCAGAACGACAUCGCCAACCUGCUCAAAGAGAAGGAGAAGUUAGAGUUUAUCCUUGCAGCCCACCAGCCCAUCUGCAAGAUCCCCUCUGACAUGGACAAUGCUUUCCCCUCCAUCUCCCCCUCCCACGGGGUCUCCAUCCAGCUGUCCCCGCCCCAGCCUCAGAGCAUGGUCUCCAGCUCCGUCUGCUCUGCAACUCCCCUCACCUCCAUCCCGUCGACCGCCAGCUCCAUCCUCUCCACCUCAGUCUCAAUCUUCUCCUGCAGCCCCCUCCUGUCCACCGCCUCAGUCUCCGACGUCAAGAUGGCCGACCUGGACACAGCCUGCCUGGAGGAGUCUGUUUCUCUCCUCGCCAAGACUGAGAUGGAGACGGCCCGGUCGGUGCCCGAGGUCGAUCUGACAAGCUCCCUGUACGCCCAGGACUGGGAGCCCCUCUACAGCACAGCCAAUACUGACUUUGAGUCCCUGUGCACCCCCGUGGUCACCUGCACCACGCACACGUCUUCCUUCGCCUAUCCAGAGGCAGAGGCGUUCCCUACCUGUGGCGUGGCCCACCGGAGAGGCAGCAGCGGCGGCAACGACCAGUCCUCUGACUCCCUCAGCUCCCCUACACUCCUAGCCCUGUGAGCCAGACGACCGUAGUUAUCUCCCGAAUGACACCCCGUUACCUAAUACAUAGUGCAUUUUUUGCUUUUGAUCAGUGUCCCAUAGGGUGUCCCGUAGAGCUCUGGUCUGAAGUAGUGCACUUGGGUGACAUUUGGGACGUACCCCUCUUCCACACAAUACCACUUCCUGUACAGCACAUUUAGCACUUCCUCCAUGUACAGCUCCAGUAUGUGGUAGACGUGCAGAAUGACUGCAGGGCUAUGUCAUAGACUUGGACUUGCACUUCACACAACCAGGAAGCAAAAUAUAUUUGUUUAACUUGUUUUGUCUCGAAUAUAAUAGGCUAUUACUUGCCUUAUUUUUAUUUUUUUUAUUUUUUUACUAUUUAGCAGGUUAAAGCAUGUUUUAACUAAUAACACAAUAGUUUGGGUUUACAAAAUAGUUAUGUUAAUUUAUUUUUUAUUUUUAUGGCGCUAGAUAACAUAAAGUUGUUGUAGUGUUUCUGACUUGUGUGAUCAGAGCGAUAAAGAUGUCUUGACCCGUUUUUUUUGUUUUCUGGUUGAUGGAAUGUGAGCUUCUUGUACGUUUUGUGAUUUAUUUAAUAAUGAUGAUGUGCUUGUCUCACCAUGUCUGGGUGGUCUAUAUUCUAGUGUGACAGUUUUCUAUGAAAACGUUAGUGUUUUUAAUUUAUGAAAUUUCUAAUUUAUUUUUUUAUACUCAUAGAAUUUAAACAAAAAAAAAAAGAAAUACAAAGCAAACUGUUUAACAUUUUUGAAAAACUUGUAACAAAUAAAAUGUAUAUUAAAUUAUU